AUGGUUCACGCAGUCCUUGAACCCCCGGUGCGGGCCAAUGCGCCGAGGUCCUCGCCCACCUUCAAUGGAGACCACCGGGCUAUUCCCGUGUCGUCCACUUCCCAUCCCGAUAACCCGGUUCCCGAGGAACCUCGCGGCGUCCGAUCUUUAUCGGUCACUGAUAUGACCUUCGAUGGUUUCGGCGCCCCUUCCCAGGAUACCAAACUUAGCACCGACUCGCAGUCAACGCCCGCCACAGAUCUCCAGUCGGACACCGAAACCCUAGCACGCAAGCAGUCUGUCGUUGACGAUGACUCUGGCCGUGAACGCCGAGCCUCCACCGUCCUCAUCUCCCAGAACUCAGAGGACAUGAGACGGCUCCUAGAGAAUGUCGGCAUUGGUGGCACUCAGAAGGUGCAGCCUCUUUGCUGUGGCGGUGGAUGCUGCCGCAGCCAGCCCUUGCGGAGGACCUCGGAGCCGGUUUCCGGGGUCAAUUAUAUCACUGCCCCCGACAACAAGGCCUACCGGGAUUUGAAGUUGAAUGUGGACUAUCUCACCUUUGACAGCGAGCUGACCAGCGUGGUCGAGCUUCCCGAGAAGACCGUCUCCUUCUCGGCCAUCCCGGCAUCCGCCGUGGAUAUGCAGCUGGGACCGACGGAUCACCCGCCUCCGUUUGUCCAGCCUCACCCUCCGUACAAUGUGUACCGCGCUCCCGUGCACCAUGCCCGCGAGCUUACCAAGCCCGGUGCCGAGAAGCGAACGUACCAUUUUGACAUCGACGUGACCGACUAUCCCGCCGAGAGCGGCAUGGUGGACUUCGUCGUGGGCGGUGCCAUUGGCGUGUGCCCCCGAAACAAGGACGAAGAGGUCGACGACAUCUUCAACCAGCUGGGAGUUCCCAAGUCCAUCCGAGACAAGAAGGUCUCGGUGCGCACCGCCAAAGGCCGCUGGCCGACUAUCUGGGGUGAUGAUAAGCCGCGCGAGCUGAUCACCACCCGCCGAGAGCUUCUCAACUGGUGCGCGGACAUCCAGAGUUACGCCCCCACCAAGGGCCUCUUCCGGUUGCUGGCGGAGUACGCCAGCGACAUCGACGAGAAGCAGAUCCUCAUGUUCCUUUCCUCCGCUCAGGGCCAGGGCGCCUUCUGCGAUCUCCGCACCGCGUCGCACGUCAGUGUCUCGCAGUUGCUGCACGCCUUCCCUUCCUCGCAGCCCCCUCUUGACCACCUCCUCUCCGUCCUGAACACCCUCAUGCCCCGCUUCUACUCCCUCUCGCAGGACCCCCUGCUCUCGUGCACAAAGGGCGCCCAGCCCCGUCGUCUGGUCGAAGUGGCUGUCAGCGUAGCCGAGACGGACGACUGGAAGGGCGGCUUGCGGACGGGCGUGGGAUCUGGCUAUCUCGAGCGACUGGCGCAGCAGGUGGUGCAAGCCGAGAAGCGAGGCAUCGACCCUAGCACGCUCGACCUGCACGUCCCCAUGUUUCGCGGCCUGAUGGCCAACCCGCUGGCCACGCGGUUCGCCUCCGACGGACCGAUGCUGCUGAUCGGCGCCGGCGUCGGCAUCGCCCCCUUCCGCGGCUUCGUGCAGCGUCGUCUGCAGUCGGCCAACUGCGCCAACAAGGUCUGGGUGCUCCAGGGUGUCCGUGACUCGCUGCUGGACGAACUCUACCGCGGCGAGUGGGGCGUCGACGAGGACAAGGUUCGCACGGUCGUCCAAAGCCGUCGCGGCGAGAGCAUGUACGUCCAGGAGGAAGUGCGUCACCAGGCCGACCUGGUCUGGUUUGUCAUCAAUGCGCUGGACGGCCGGGUCUUCGUCUGCGGUAGCGGCAAGGGCAUGGGCGAGGGUGUCGAGGCCGCUCUGGUCGACGUCGCCAUGGCCAAGGGUAACCUGAACGUGGAAGAAGCUCAGCAGUUCUGGGCGAACAAGAAAGAAGCAGGUCAAUACAUUGCCGAAACUUGGUAA